CACAGUCCCCGUAGCUGCUGUCCUGACAAUCCUGAUGCUCUUCAGCAGAGUGCUGGCCUUCCAGUUAUAUCUGGAAAGGUGAUAAGCUCUCCAGAAGCCCUCUGCGGGAAACUGUUCUCACCACAGGAAGCGCAUGAGCAGUUGCUCUGGGCACAGUUGGACUCGCCUCCUAAUGGAACGCUGGUCAUCACUAAGAGGUGGGCUUUGGAUCUACCCUUGCAAGACAAGCAGGGAGUCAUCUUGGAUGUGCUUCAGAUUUCCCAGGACAGUCUUCUGACCCUGCAUGGCUUUGUCCUGGGAGGUGAAGACCUGGAGGAUGACAGCACUCUUCUGAGGGAACUAGGCGCUAAGUUAAAGGGCUAUUAUAAACAAACUGCCCUAACACUAAAGCAGACGCUGAUAAAUCUCAGUGGUUGCACUGGGAAAGUAGGCAUUACCACAAAGAUAACAUACUUGUGUCAUAAUAAGGCAGUGUCUCUUUAUGAUUCAAGCUCGAAAAUACAUUACCCCAGAAAACAUUAUCUGACAACCCAGACAGUAAGGGACUUAGAGAAGGCUUUGCUGAAGUAUUAUGCAGUCUGUGUCCCCACACAGUUUACCUCUGAAACUUUCCACAAGUACCAGUGGAUAGUUAAUUUUGUUAAGAAUGUCAUAAAUCGUGCUUUACAUGAAAAAUGACUGCGGUAUGGUAAUAUUUUUAUAUACGUGACAGUCUUUCCUGAUUCUACAAAAAAUAUUUUAAAAUGUGUCUUUGAAUAACUACACAGGGAAAAAAAAUUCUGGGAAAGGGAUUGGUUGUUCGAGAAGGCAAUGAUAAAGCAUGGUUUUGAAAAUGUGUCCCUGAUCUUGGCACGUUAAUCCCAUGCCCUUAAUCCCAGUUCUUGGAGAGAGGCAGACCAUUCCCGUCUAGGUAGAGAGUUCCUAGAGAGCCACGGCUAUGCAAAGGACCCUAUCUCAAAACAUGCAAACAAACAAACAAGUAAAAGCCAAGUGUCCCUAUCCGUCCACCACCACCAUUGCAGCCAGUCCUUCUUUCUGAUGGAAUGCAUGGUGCCUUUAAUGCACAGAAGAAACUCUUCCAAGAGAAGUUCCCAAAGUGAAUGACGAAGAAAGCGGUAGGAUAAGGCAACGUUAGCCAUAGUGUUGCUACUCAGCCCUGUGUGUGAUCACUGCUAAACCUGUGGUUUGUAUUUUACAACCCAAAGAAGGACUUUCCACAUGUCCAAAAUCACAGAGGCAAGGCUCUGAUUAUAUCAAAACUAAAGGGAGACUGCUCACAAUGGCAUAUAUUAAAUAUGGGACGUUUCCAAAAAGACCAAAGACACUAGACAAUAAAUACAUUUGGUUUCUGCGAUUAGAGUACAUUCUGUCUUAAAGAAAAACACAUUUUCUGUUUUGAUCUAUUUCUUUAUCAGUAUGAUUUAUUUUUAAAAUCUACAUCUUUUUUUAUCUACUCUGUUCCCAGGUCUGUGUCUUUAUGAAUACAAUUCUUCUGUCUGUAUCUUUCUUCGAUGAAGUUUCAUUGUUUGAUCUGGGAAGUUCUACUUACCAAACUUUGGACGCCAAACAAAUGUUCCACCAUUUUAAUAUGUUUCUAAAAUAAAUGAUCUUUACAAAACAUCAUCAAAUUCUCUUAAAGAACUAACACUAGAGACCAACGUUUUGGCCUUUGAUCCUCUAUAGAAGUUUGCCAAAAUAUUCAUUUCUGGUUCCCUUUGAGGCUUUUGGAAUUGUCUAUAGAAUUUAUCUCAGCCUUGUCUGGUCUCAGGACAUGUGUUUUUGAAGCAGUGAUGUUUAAUUGUCCUGAGGAAGAGAGCUCUCCCUGCCUGGCAUUGGGGCCUGCGAGAGGCCCCCCUGGGAGUUUUUUGGCCGGGUGUGGCCCCGUUUAUCUGUUAUUGCUCUACAUUCCCUGGUCAAAUGUCGGUCUUUGCCACAUCGUUGACAUAUUCCAGGAGGCAUAGGCGCCCUUUUAGUAUCACUUUGUUUUUUCCUGCAGUUACGUCUGAGAUGAUCCUGCUCACCACAGUUAAAAACACUUGAAAUCUUGGGUCAUCUCUAGCUGUCUAGGGGCAGUUUCUACUACAGUUAUAUCAGGCGAGAAGAUCCGAUAUCAGCUGUCUGUCUAAUCCACUCAUCUACUGAUGCUGACCUUGCCCUCAGUGGUCUGAUUCCCUCCCUGCAUUCAGUAUUCACAUUUUCAAAGGCUAAAGACUCAACUGUUGCCUUUCUUGCUGCUGUGUCUGAUACACUCCUUUCCACAGCUGAGGUCAGCCUUUGUAAAAAGUCAGGGAAGGUUUCUUUAGGACCUUGUAUGACCUGAGUAAAUGGUUCAAGUUUUUUCUCUGAUUCUGCGACUUUGUCCCAGGCCUUUAAGGCUGACAAUCGACACAAUGCCAGAGUUUCUUCAUCAUAUACAGCCCACACCUCUACCUCAGCAAAGCGACAUUCACCAAGCAGUUAUCUGUGGAAAUCUCUCUACCCCUGGCUCUAUUCUGUCGUGCUAUCUCCCUCACCUCUUCUCUCCACCAUGAGAUCCAUUGUGAAUUCGCAGCAGGCUCUAGUAUUGCUCUUGCCAUAUCUUUCCAGUCGUGGGGGAUUAUUCUAUUUUUAAUUCGUUUUACAAAUGGCGAAUGCAUUCCAAAAUUAGUGACACUCUCCUUAAAUUUCCUCAGUUCUAACACACCCAUGGGUUGCCAUUCAAAUUCUUCAUAACCCUGUGGAUGAUCAUCGUCUGGAGGUCUUUGUUAUACACUAAUCGGAUGCACUAAAGUUUGUUUUCUAAUAACCUUUGGUUGGCUUUCUCUAAUUUUAUCUUCUUUCUCUACCUUAGUAUUUUCCUUCAUUGUGAUUUUAAAUCCCUCCCUUAAGGUCUGUGUCCAAGCUUCAGCUCUCUCCUUUUUUUUUUUUUUUUUAAUUUUUUUUAUUAACUUGAGUAUUUCUUAUUUACAUUUCGAAUGUAAUUCCCUUUCCCGGUUUCCAGGCAAACAUCCCCCUAAUCCCUCCCCUUCCCCUUCUUUAUGGAUGUUCCCCU